UAGCUGGCAUCACUGCCAUUGUGACGUCACGGUAGAUAGGCUGACGACAUUGUCUCUAGACUUCGAUUUAAAAUGAUUUUAUGCAGUUUUCCUUAGUAUUUCUACGUCGUAUUGUGUUUUUUAAUAGUUACAAACCCUAAAUUACACAAGUGUUGUGACAAAUCUGCUCGGUGUGAUGGAUGUUUUAUAAAUUUAGUGACGACGAGUGAUGAAGGCAAAAGAAAAUGGCUACCUUCGAACGCAUGUUGAUAGCCAGGAAACAUGUAAUUAUAGCUAAUAAAUACAACGUCGUCCGCAAAAUCGGAGGUGGAAGCUUCGGAGACAUAUUUUUAGCAAUAAAUAUCAACGAUGGAGAGGAGGUAGCAGUGAAGGUAGAAUCUAUAAAGGCGCGGCACCCCCAACUCCUCUAUGAGAGUAGAGUGUAUAAGAUGCUCCAAGGGGGCAUCGGGAUACCACACAUAAGAUGGUACGGCUACGAGAAAGACCACAACAUCCUCGUGAUGGACCUGCUGGGUCCGUCCCUCGAGGAUCUGUUCAACUUCUGCUCGCGCCAGUUCACCAUCAAGACUGUGCUCAUGCUGGCAGACCAAAUGCUUGGCCGCGUGGAGUUCAUACACUGCAAGUGCUUCAUCCACCGCGACAUCAAGCCGGACAACUUCCUGAUGGGCAUCGGCCGCCACUGCAACAAGCUGUACAUGAUCGACUUCGGCCUCGCAAAGAAGUUCCGCGACCUGCGCUCCCGCGCGCACAUCUCCUACCGCGAGGACAAGAACCUUACCGGGACGGCUCGGUACGCGUCGAUCAACGCCCAUCUCGGCAUCGAACAGUCGCGGCGGGACGACAUGGAGUCACUCGGCUACGUACUUAUGUAUUUCAAUAGGGGUUCGCUGCCGUGGCAAGGCCUGAAAGCGAUCACCAAGAAACAGAAGUACGAGCGAAUCAGCGAGAAAAAGAUGUCCACGCCCGUGGAGGUGCUUUGCAAGGGAUUCCCGGCCGAGUUUGCGAUGUAUCUAAAUUACUGCCGCGGCCUGACCUUCGACGAGUCGCCCGACUACAUGUAUCUCAGACAGUUGUUCCGCAUCCUGUUCCGCACGAUGAACUACCAGUACGACUACACGUUCGACUGGACGAUCCUGCGCCAGCGCAAGCAGCACAUGGAGGCGGGCGCCGCGCCGCCCGACCGCCGCUCCCCCUCCGUGCAGCGCCGCGCGCAGCAGCAGCCGCCGCAGCCGCCGCCCAACAACGAGUGAAAGAGAUUACGACGUUCGACAGCCACGGGCGGUCCGGCGAAAAAGAGAACGCGAUAGCAUUCGCGUGCGUGUGCGUGUGUGACUGUGUGUUUGUGUGUGUGACCGUGCGACGCGCGUCGUGUCGAGCGUCAACAGCGUCCAGCGUCAAGCGUAACGUCGAGCGUCUAAUCUACCGGCAAACGUCGGCGGCUUUAUUAUAUUACAAGAGGCCUUUGUUUAAAACACUGUCUCUCCGUCAUAGGGCGGAUUUGUUUUAUUUUACGAUUAUUAUAAACGUAUUAAACUUCGGUGACUAACUUUAGACGUGUAGACUAGCGGCCAAAUCCAAUCUAAUACAAAAUACAUAACAACCGUUAUGAUUUUCAGUCGUUAUUGUGCAUUGGGUUUGAUCGCCAGCGGGUAUGAUGUAAUAUAGCUCCGAAAUGUUCGGUUCGUAUUAAGAAUUUAAGAUCCAUGAAUCAUUGGAAUGCAUUUUUCGAAAGAAUAAAACUAUGUAAGAUGUAAAGUAACAUGUAACGCCGGGCAGGCGUCGGGUAGACAGUUAAUCGCUCUCAAUAUUUAGUUAGUUUCGAUGUUAGUUUCUUUUUCUAAUUAGCUAGUGUUUACAUUGAAUUUAUUGUAUAAUUACUAACUGGCGAUGUAUUUCAGCAAUACUCUGUACAUAUACACGAUGGUUGAGAUACGGCGGCAGAAAAGACGAUAUUGGCUAAAAAUGUUCAUUAAAAAUUUAAUGAUUACUAAUUAUAAAUAGGAUUCUGUAUUGAAAUAAAAAAAAAUGUAAAAGAUUCGAAAAAAAUAUACUUAGAAUAAGUAACUGAUCGAAUUCUUGAAGCUACGCGCGCGGUGUACCCGCUCGGCGAAACUUCACAUUGUAAAUAUGAAAUGACCGCGCGCGAAGCUCCGGAAAAAGAAUUGGUACAUUGCGUAUCGUAUAUUUUAAAGCGAGAUAAAAAAAUUGUAAAUAUAAGACAGUGUUCAUUUUAACUGUUAUUUUUUUAAGAACACGCUAACAUUUUUGAACUGACGAUGUUUCGUGACACUGACGCGACAGCCGGAGAUGAUAUUUUUAUAUUGAACCAACCCGAUAGCACUCGACCCGCAGCCAUGCUUCCAUAGUAACCUAACUUGUGUCACGAGACGUCGAGUAUCGUAAGUUACAAUAAGUGUAAGGCCUGAGUGGAUGCUCGAAGCGGAACGUUCGGCGGGGCGUGCAGCGUGGCGUCGGGCUCACAAGUGAUUUGAGCAGCGUGCACUAAGGCCGCUCCUAUACGUUUGCAUUUGUUUAACAUGCACGCCGCACGCCCCGCCCCGCUGCACGCUCAACUCGAGCGUCCACUCAGGCCUUACAAUAUGAGGAUGUAUGUAAUAUAAGAGAUCUUGAGUGGUUAUGAGUAGGGGGGUCUACUGGGGACGGGGAGGGCCUCGCCUUCAUUUGACUAUGGAAUUUGUGACGCCUCGUGAUAAAAUGGAUCUCAAUAUUCCUUUUUUAUAUUAACUUGCGAUGGUAAUCGUCAAUAGUGUAUCGGCCUAGGCGCUUCCCGUCCCCAGUGGACUGAGUAUACUCAGUGUACUGCACUUUUAACUAUAAAUAAAAUUAAUGAAUAAAAAAAUAAACGAGUAAUUUAAUUUGUA